AUGUUCCAACCUGCUUUGGUUGAGCAUGCAUUGCCUUCAUGGGACUGUUGGUUCAAGAAGCUGCGUAUCUUCAGCAAAAAGGAGAACUUCCAGGUUGCUCCAGAGAGUGCAGUCGUCUACUCGCCUCCCCCGCAGCAGCCGUCCUUUCUGCAGCAGUUGCAGCAUCAAUUUCUGUAUCAGCCCCUCCUUCAGCUCCCCGGUUUGCUGUCGCAGCCGCCGCAGCAGCAGCUGCCACAGCUACCCUCACUUCCGAAGCGAAGUUUCUGGGAGGUGCCUUCCUUUGACGCACAUUCAUCGCCGGUGCGCGGAGCACACUCAGAGGUUGCUCCAUCAUUGUCUCCACCGAAGCGGCCACCGAGGGCAGAGUCGGUCGACUCCUGGCAGCCUCCGCUGGCGCGCCGGGAGGCCUCGUUCUCUGAACCACCACGCCGGGAGCCGCGCCGAAGAUCCAGCGCGGCCCUCAUUGACAUCGAUGCGGAGUGGCGCGCAUGGGAGGCGAAGAUGAACAAGGCGCACCCGGUCUCAGAGAUGCAAGGCCGGGUUACGGUCGGGUCUGACACCGGCUCUGCGCCGCGGGAGGCAUCGAGAGCGCAGGUUCCGGCAGAGAAGCCGAACCAAGAAAAGUCAGGCCGGCCCCGAGCCUCGAGCAGCAAACUGGAGGAGGCUUCCACACCCCAGCCUCCUGCACCUGUCUGGUCUCCGCCAGCAGUCCCCCCUGCUCGGAGGUUCGAGGACCUGGGCGCCAUCAAUGCCUCGAGGCUCUUGGACGACCUUUACAAGGUGAAACGAUCCUGGAGUGACGAGCGUGAUGGGCUGCGGUCUCAAGCCGAAGCUUUGCGGCGCCAGGCCAUGAAGCUCCAGUCGGAAGAGAUUGUUCUGCCGUCGCCGCGGUCGCCAGUGCGUCUGGGAGGCCGGUCGCAAAGACUCCCGGAUGCUGCCCCCUCACAGCCUGCGACCAUGGGCUAUCGAAGGCAGCUGGCAGAGCCCUUGCCAGCACUGAUGCUGCCAGAGUUCAAAGCUUCCCUUCGCUGCCUGGAUGGAGGAGCCGCCACUCUCUUCUUGGCAGAUCCUGAGGAGGCAGCUGGCGCCUCUUAUGUGGAGGAGGCUCCCGCAGAGAGUUCCGGCAUGCCGUUGAAAACUGCGGCAGGCCGCUUGCCGAAGGGACUGUCCGUGGAUGAGCCGGUCCUGUCCGAGAAAUCCAGCCAAAAGGAUGCGAACCUCGGGGUGGGCUGCGAGGGCAGCGUUGGCAGUCAGCCCAAGGCGUCCGUUUCCGACAAGACAGUGGAGGAGACCGGCACAGCCAGGACUGAGGGGAAAUCCGAGCCAGCAGCUGCAAAGAAGGAGGAUGCCAAUCCUCCUGGUGGAGAGUGGGAGAACACGCUCAAGUCUCCGGGGCAGGCGGAGAGGGACUCCGACAUCAGUCAGCUCUUCACUUCGCUUCAGUACUCCGACAGCGACGGCAGCCGAAGUCAGGUUCCUGACAGUACGCAACGGCGGCCAAGCCAGGCCUCACUGGCCAAGGUCGUCGACCUCGGAGCAGAGCUUAAGUCGGAUCUCCAGCCCCGACCAGAGGACAGGCUUCCAGAUCCUGUCUCGCCUGGUCGAACCCAGGACUUCCUCAUCUCUGCUCUCUUGGCAGAAGACGGUACAGGUGCCACGGCUUCCGUGCCGGGGAAGCCACCACUGCCUCCAGGCACGGCCAGGCCUGCCAAGGCACCCGAAGCCAGCGUUCCGGCAGGCACCGGAAUGGAGGCUGUGCCGGAAGGCGAAGCCUUGAAGGCUGCUGGCUGA